AGUGAAAAAAGUACUAAAUAAACUUAGUAUUUUUGUUUAACCUACCCAAGCAUGAAAUUAUGCUUCUAAAAUCGUAAAACUAAAAGUAAAACUAAAUGUAGCUACAUGGUGACACCUAAUUUGUUAUUCAAACUUCCUGAUAAAACGGUUAAAACAGGCUACCCUCCCGAAAUAUAGCAAUAAUUUAACGGAACAUAAUUUAAGUUAUAGCCUUAAACAUCAGCAUCUUGUUAAGAAAGAUUUGAUUAAACAUAAUUACAUGGCACGCGGAAAUAUACAAGUUAUAAAUAACUUUUUUUUAAAUAAGGAAGCAAUGAUUUAACAGGAUAAACUUUAUGCAAGAAGAUAAUAAAAAUUCAAUUAUGUGAAGAGUUAAGGAUUGUGUUUCUAAACGAUAAAGAUUCUUGGAUAUAUUUUGAUAAAUUUAUUGAAACAGUUUUAUUUUGCGUUGAAAAUAGAUCAAUAAAUUUGAAUACAGAUGAUCUAACAUAAUAACAUGUGUUGAGUUGCUGCACUCGUAGACCAUGAAUGUAAGCAAGCCCUUACAACAAGGAAAUAACGUUGAAUUAGUGUAAGAUGAUAUCUGUUUACACCAUACUUCUGUUAUGUGUUUGCUCCAGUGGCGCAGCAAAAAGUGGCGGAGGAAUACUACUGAAAAUAGGCCAACAUGGUCUAAAUGAAGCCAUUUCGUACGUCAUGGACAAUGUUCUCAUUCCAUACCUAGAAAACGACCUUAACAUACAAACAUUUAACAUUCCUCUUGGAGCUGCAACAAUACUCAUCGAAAAACUGGGGCUACACACAUUGGAAGGACAGCAUGGUAUGGUAAAUAUCCUAGAUGAUAACAAAAUCAGCAUCAAAGUGGGAUUCUCGAAAAUCGGUCUUAAAGCUAAUCUUACACGUGUAGCGCCCGAUGAUAACAUUUAUGCUCCGGACACAGUUGUUUUCUUUACUGACUGUAACUUGAAAGUUAUAUUUUCGCUUGGUUUGGGAGAAAAGAAGGAUGGAGUUACACUUGAUUCAUGCAAAACUGCCAUUGGAUCAUUUUCUGCGAAAGGCACAUUGGGUGCGGCACUAGAGGGGCUAUUUCUAAUCGGGGGUAGCGCUAGUAUUGCUUCGCUCGUUGAACAGAUUUGUCCCUCUCUUGAAAAUAUCACAAAUGAAAAUCUUGAUGACAUCCUCAGUGUGCAAGAUACAGUGAAAAUUUCAACCAGGAAGCAUGGCGACAUAUCUGUCAACAUGAAACUCUUGUCAGCAUCGACGCAGGCAAAUGACAUUGAAAUGAAAGCGGAGGUUACGACGGGAGCGGAUUCUUUUGUCGGAAAUGUUAGUUUUCCAGGACAUUCACGCAGAAAAACCUCCCGUGCUGCAAAUUUAUUGAUUAAUGACAUUCUUCUUGGAGAAGUGUUUAAAUACGCAAUACAGGUUGAUGUUUUUAAAGGAUUUGAAUUACAGACGACAAUUGGAAAGAAUAACUAUACAAUACAAGUCAACGAAACGUCUAUACAGAGCAGAUUGACGUCAUCAUCAGAGGGCGUGAGCGUUAUAUUGAACGUUACGUUUAAUGUGUACACUGAAUAUCAAUGUCUGGGAUAUCGACUUACAAUGGAUACCGUCACUCCUCUGGUCUUGGGCUUAAAUAACACCUUGAUUCAAGUAGAAACAGAUAAAUACAGGUUACAAAAGCACUUCACUGUGUCAUACUGGAACAAGACGUGUCUUCAAAACAUAGAAAAGCUAGGUGAAAGCAAGAAUGUACAAUGGGAGAUUCUAAGUCAAACAAAUAGUGAAUAUGAAAAACGACUAAUAGGUCAGAGUUUUGAGCUGAAACUCCCAAAACGAAAAUGGUACGGAUUCAAAGAGCCAUGUAUAGAUACAUUAAAAGGUGGGGUUGUUUUUUCGUCAGGUCUGCGGUUUGGUAACGUCAGUGAAGUGGUGGAAGAAGCGUUGAAGCACAAAUACAAUCAGCAUUACAAGACGAACGUAACAGUUUACAUAUAUAGUGAUGGCGAGAAAAUCACGUUUGACGGUAGAAAACCAACGGUAGCUGCCGGUGUUAUCAUAACUUUAAACGUUUAUUUACUGGCCUCCUCAAUAAUUGUAUUUUUAUUUUUCUCAAAGGACUUUGAUUGUUGAAACCAAAUCAACAAAAUUAAAAAAAAUAAAAUCAUUGCUCCCGCUUGAUUGUCUAUGUGAGAAACUCGUUUAUAGGUCUACUAAACUUGAUUGAAUUCGAAAAUUGACUCGAAAGUAAAUGUUUGAGGCAAGGAGGGGGCUUAUGCUUUUGUAAUGUAACUUGUCGGCGACACAUGACUGCUUCAAUAUUGCAAAUAAGCAGGGGAACUUAAAGCACUGAUGUAAAUAAUUAAUUAAGCAUUUUACACAAAUGAAUUUAUACAAUCCAUUACAAAAGCGAAUGUAUGAUAUUGUAAAAUUUAUUUGCAGACAUUUUACUGUUUGAAUUUAUUAUCAUCUUUUAAUGAUUUUAUCUUGUAAUGUUGUAAUAUAUAAGUUGAAAUUAUAAUUUAUGCUAAAAUGA